AUGUCCCACGCCGCCAAUCUCACAAACCACAACGCGGACAACUACCACACCAACGCCUCCUUCGUCUUCUCUGCUGCCAACACUGCCCCUGUCUUGGGCCUCCUCCAGGCGAAAGAGGGCGAGAAGAUCAUCGACCUUGGGUGUGGCACUGGUGAGCUUACAAAGGGUCUGAAAGAGGUGGUAGGGGAGAAAGGGGUAGUAGUGGGCGUUGAUUCUUCUCAGGAUAUGCUCGACAAAGCUGCUUCCCAGUCCCCUUCUUCCAUUCCUUACAUCCAAGCAGAUAUCCAAAGCGCAUCCGCCUUUGCCGCUGCCCACCCAGAAUACCACCACGCCUUCGACGCCGUCUUCACGUCCGCUACUCUGCACUGGUGCAAAGACUCUCCCGAGGGCGUGAUUGAGCUUGUGGGGUGGCUUCUGAAGCCCAGAGGAAAGUUUGCAUUCGAGUUUGGAGGGUUUGGGAACGUAUGUGGUAUCAGGGCAGCGCUUCAUCAUGCCGUCAGGGCCAGAGGUAUUGAUCCCAUCCCGCUCGACCCUUGGUACUUCCCCACUCCCAGACAAUACGAAUCUGUUCUCAAAGCAGCAGACUUCACCCCCUCCAACGUCCACCUCGCCCCCCGUCCCACCCCGCUCCCAACUUCCCUCCAAGGCUGGCUCACCACCUUUGCUCGAUCUUCCUUCCUCUCUUCAUUCUCCGACACUGAUGCCGCUACUAUCAUGCAAGAGGCCGCCGAGAUUUCUAGGAUCGACAAUUAUUGGAGUGCGAAGAACCCGGGGAUGGGCGUGAAAGGGCAAGAGGGGCAGGAGGCCCAGGAGGAGGGAUGGGAGGUUAUGUAUGUCAGGUUGAGGGGUGUUGCUUUCGCGCCUUCUUCUUGA